UUCCCUCCUGCUUCCUCACUGUGGUGGCUGGGCUAUUUCUCCCAUGACUCUCUGCGUCUAGACCUGGCUGUCCCGUGCCUUUGCCAAUCAAACCUGAACUUCCUCCUCUAACAGUGAGGAGAAGGGCUCCUGCCCUUCUGGGUCACUUUUCUUCCCCUCACCUUGACACCAAGCCGCCUCCACUUGUGCCUCCCUGUGCCCUCUGCCCCCGCCCUGCCCGUCCUGGGCACCCAUCACCCAUGGACGACUCGGAAGUGGAGUCGACCGCCAGCAUCCUUGCUUCUGUCAAGGAGCAGGAGGCACAGUUCGAGAAGCUGACCCGGGCGCUCGAGGAGGAACGGCGCCAUGUCUCAGCCCAACUGGAACGAGUCCGGGUCUCCCCACAGGACGCCAGCCCGGGCUUGGCCAACGGCACGCUCACCCGGCGGCACCAGAACGGCCGUUUCUUGGGCGAUGCUGACCUGGAAAGGCAGAAGUACCCAGAUCUGAAGCUCAACGGGCCGCAGGACCACAGCCACCUCUUGUACAGCACAAUCCCCAGGAUGCAGGACCCAGGCCAGAUUGUGGAGGAAACGUACACCAUGGAGGAGGACCCAGAAGGGGCCAUGUCAGUCGUGUCUGUGGAGACAUCAGAUGAUGGGACCACCCGGCGUACAGAGACCACGGUGAAGAAAGUGGUGAAGACUGUGACCACCCGGACGGUGCAGCAGGUGCCGGUGGGGCCUGAUGGGCUACCUCUGGAAACCUCCCCCAUCACCAGCAACUACGUCCAGACCAUGGACAGGAACUUCCGCAAGAAUGGCAAUGGGGGCCCCGGCGGCUACCUUAGCCAGCCAGGCACAGCCACCCUCCCUCGUAACUACCACUACUCUGAUGGCUAUGGCCGUCCCUAUGAGGAUGGCUACCCAGGCAGUGAUCACAGCUACGGCAGCCUGUCCCGUGUCACCCGCAUUGACGAGCGCUACCGCCCCUCCAUGGACACCUACCGGGCCCCCAGCCGUCAGGACAUCUAUGGCCCCCAGCCCCAAGUGCGUGUUGGGGGCAGCAACAUGGACCUCAACCACUUCCACCCUGAGCCGUAUGGCCUGGAGGAUGACCAGCGCAGCGUGGGCUUUGAAGAUGUGGACUAUGGGCUUAUGUCUGACUAUGGCACAGCCAGGCGGGCAGGGACCCCAUCUGAUCCUCGGCGGCGGCUCAGGAGUUAUGAAGACAUGCUGGUGGAUGAAGUGGCCCCUGACCGGUACUACUGGGCCCCCCUGGCUCAGCAUGAGCGGGGCAGCUUGGCUAGUCUGGACAGCUUGCGGAAGGGAGGGCCAGCCCCGAGCAACUGGCGUCAGCCAGAUCUGCCAGAGGUCAUCGCCAUGCUGAGCUUCCGGCUGGAUGCUGUCAAGUCCAACGCAGCUGCCUACCUGCAGCAUCUCUGCUAUCGUAAUGACAAGGUGAAGACAGAGGUGCGCAAGCUGAAGGGCAUUCCCGUGCUCGUGGGAUUACUGGACCACCCCAAGAAAGAGGUGCACUAUGGUGCCUGUGGAGCCCUCAAGAACAUCUCCUUUGGCAAGGACCAAGACAAUAAGAUUGCCAUCAAGAACUGUGAUGGUGUACCUGCUCUGGUGCGCCUGUUGCGGAAGGCCCAUGACAUGGACCUCACGGAGGUCAUCACAGGAACACUAUGGAACCUGUCCUCACACGACUCCAUCAAGAUGGCCAUUGUGGAUCAUGCACUACAUGCCCUGACUGAUGAGGUGGUCAUUCCCCGCUCAGGCUGGGAACGGGAACCCAAUGAGGACUCAAAACCCCGCCAUAUCGAGUGGGAGUCGGUGCUCACCAACACCGCUGGUUGCCUUAGGAAUGUGAGCUCAGAGCGGAGCGAGGCCCGUCGGAAGCUGCGGGAAUGUGACGGGCUGGUGGAUGCCCUGAUCUACAUCGUCCAGUCUGAGAUUGGCCAGAAGGACUCUGACAGCAAGCUGGUGGAGAACUGUGUGUGCCUGCUGAGAAACCUGUCCUAUCAAGUCCACCGUGAGAUCCCCAAUGCUGAGCGCUACCAGGAGGCACCGCUGGCCCCUGCCAACAAUGCUGGGCCCCAUGCUGCAAGCUGCUUUGGUGCCAAGAAGGGCAAAGACGAGUGGUUCUCCAGAGGUAAAAAGCUCCCAGAAGACCCUGGUGCCGAUACAGUGGAUUUUCCCAAAAGAACAACUCCGGCCAAAGGCUAUGAGCUCCUUUUCCAGCCAGAAGUGGUCCGGAUAUACAUCUCCCUUCUAAAGGAAAGGCUGGACAGAUGGGUGGCAAGGCUCCCAGUGGUAUCCCCGGGAUUGGGGAGAGACCCUGCCUGCCCAGGUUACACUGCCUCUUCCCUGCAGUACGGCCGGUGCAUCCGCUCAGCGCUGCGCCAGGAGAAGGGACUCUCCGCCAUUGCCGACCUCCUGACCCACGACAGCGAGCGAGUGGUGAAAGCGGCGUCUGGAGCCCUGCGCAACCUGGCUGUCGACUUGCGUAACAAAGAGCUGAUAGGUAAACAUGCCAUCCCCAACCUAGUGAAGAACCUGCCUGGGGGCCAGCAGACCCCAGCCAAAAACCUCUCUGAGGACACAGUGGUGUCCAUCCUCAACACCAUCAAUGAAGUAAUUGUAGAGAACCUUGAAGCUGCCAAGAAGCUGCGGGAAACACAGGGAAUUGAGAAGUUGGUGCUGAUCAACAAAUCUGGGAACCGCUCAGAGAGAGAAGUUCGAGCAGCUGCCCUCGUCUUGCAGACAGUCUGGGGAUAUAAAGAGCUGCGGAAGCCCCUGGAGAAGGAAGGCUGGAAGAAAUCAGAUUUCCAGGUGAACCUGAGCAAUGCCUCUCGGACCCAGGGAGGCAACUCGUUUGAUGACAGCACCUUGCCUCUCAUUGACAGGAACCAAAAAACAGACAAGAAAUCCUCCCGGGAGGAGAUCCAGAUGAGCAACAUGGGACCAGACAAUUAUUCCACGCUCAAUGAGAGGGACCACAGCAGGACACUGGACCGAUCUGGUGACCUCGGAGAUAUGGAGCCAGUGAAGGCAGCGCCGUUGAUGCAGGAGGAGGGGCAGGAACCGCAGCCUGAGGUAGAGGAGGCGGAAGAUGCUGCUUCCGCUGUGUUUUAUCCCGUGUCGGGAUGUCCCGCGGUGUCCUGCCCAAUCUGAACAGUGGUGACAGAUCCUGCUGCGCUGUUAGGGGUGCUUUGGCCAGCCAGAUUCUGCUCUCUGAUUGCUGCUGCCUGCAAUCGCUGCCUGAUCCACCGGGGCCACAAUCACGCCUCCGCGGCUCGC